CUUGAAUUUUUGUUUCCUUCUUGCAAUGUGAGUUGUGGACAAGGGUUUUCGACCCCAGAUUUCUGCAUUUGAGGAUCUGGGUUUGGUUCUUGGCUCUGUCUCGGAUUGUUGCUUUGAGGGAUUUCUUCACGAAUUUGUUCCCUGCAAUUGGUACUUGGCGUAUUGGCCCUUAGGGGUUGAAGGUUUUGGAAAGAAAUGCUCAUGAAUGAGAGAUAGAUGCCGAAAUCAAUGGGGUUGGGUAAGAUUAGGUUAGGUCUUAGGACAGGGAUUAUGGGCUGUAUUUGCUCUAAGGGAGCUCUGAUUAAGAAACUAACCAGGAAAAACUGUAAGGGGAAGGGUAAAGAAACAAAGAAACAGACUUCACCAUUUAAGGAUGCUGGUGAAAAAGAUGAUGCAGCCGUGGAGGUUGAGAAUGGCACUCAUGAGGGUACUCUACUGCUUAUUUCUGCCAAGACUGGUGUGAAAGGUGCGGGCCCCACAUCUUCAGACGAGGGAGAGAAAAAGCGCGUGGCGCGGAAGAUUAAAAAGCAUCACACUAUGGAUGGGGGUGGGGGUGGGGGUGAGGUGCAACCUCAGAUAAGCAGAGUGUUCAGUGUGACAAAUGGAGUUGAUGGCGCACAGAUCGUCGCAGGAUGGCCAUCGUGGCUUACUGCAGUGGCAGGGGAAGCUAUCAAAGGAUGGGUUCCUCGAAAGGCUGAUUCUUUUGAGAAGUUAGAUAAGAUUGGUGAAGGGACAUAUAGCAGCGUGUAUAGAGCUCUUGACCUUGAAACCGGACAUAUAGUUGCAUUGAAGAAAGUGCGGUUUGUCAACAUGGAUCCAGAGAGUGUUCGGUUUAUGGCAAGAGAAAUUCUCAUCCUUCGUCGGUUGGAUCACCCAAAUGUUAUGAAGCUCGAAGGUCUUGUCACUUCACGGGUUUCGUGCCAGAUAUAUCUUGUGUUUGAGUAUAUGGAGCAUGACCUUGGUGGUCUUAGAGCAUCACCCGACAUAAAAUUUGAUGAAUCACAGAUAAAAUGUUACAUGAAACAACUCCUUUGUGGACUUGAACACUGCCAUGGUCGUGGGGUUUUGCACCGUGACAUCAAGGGUUCUAAUCUCUUGGUUGACAACAAUGGGAAUCUCAAGAUAGGAGAUUUCGGUCUCGCAACAUUUUAUCGUACCAAUCAAACACAACCACUAACAAGCCGUGUAGUCACAUUGUGGUAUCGGCCUCCUGAGCUUCUGCUUGGUUCUACUGAUUAUGGAGUAGCCGUGGAUUUGUGGAGCACCGGUUGUAUCCUCGCUGAAUUGUUUACAGGAAAACCUAUCAUGCCUGGAAGGACUGAGGUUGAACAGCUUCACAAAAUAUUCAAACUCUGCGGUUCGCCAUCUGAUCAGUACUGGAAAAAUUCAAAGUUGCAGAAUGCAACAAUCUUUAAACCUCAGCAGCCUUAUGAACGCCAAAUCGCUGAGACAUUUAAGGACUUGUCUCCACCAGCUUUAUCACUUCUUGAUUCUCUUCUGGCUUUAGAGCCCGAGCGUCGUGGAACUGCAAACUCGGCACUCCAAAGUGAGUUCUUCACAACAAAGCCUCUCCCAUGUGAUCCAUCAUCGUUGCCAAAGUACCCACCAUGUAAGGAAUUUGAUGCCAAGGUGCGAGAACAGGCACACAGAAGGUAUACUUCAAAGCUUGCCUCAAAAUAUAACCGAAUAACCGAUGCCAUGUCUGUUCACUUGGGGAGAUCCAAUCCCUCUCAGAAGGAUGAUCAACCUCCUAGGAAGGAUUCUACGAUGGACUAUGCCCCAAAGAGCGGCAACAUACACUACUCUGGGCCAUUAAUCCCAGCAGGGGGAAACAUAGAAGAAAUGCUCAAGGAGCAUGAGAAGCAGAUCCAAAAGGCUGUACGAAAAGCCCGUCUUGACAAAACCAGCAAGGGCCAGACAGUUUAUGGCACAGAAUCUCUCUUGCAGUAUGUGGGCAAUGGGCGGUAACUUUUUCCCCGGGAAAAAAAUUUACGGACGAGAACUAAGUUUUAGCAGUUACACCAUAUAACAAUGACUUUGAGAUGGUUUCUUUUUUGCUCAUAUUUGUUGUUGCAGAAACAUGUCCAGUUUUUCAUGAUCAAUCCUUCUGUAUGUAAAAAAGGAAAGAAAGAAUUUAAAGAAAAAAGGGUGGUCAUU